AAUCAUAACUUAAAUUCUUCACGGAAAGUAAAUAAUAAUUACGUCAACUCUCUCACCAAAAUCGACCUUAUCAGCAAUCGGGGGGGGAUUGUCCUGUUCCAAACUUUUCGAAUCAAAAAGCUCGAGACAGAAUUGAACAGCCAUGUUGCUCCUCGACUACCUGCAGCACCGGCGUGACUGCCGUCUCAAACAAGCCGAGCGCGCCCGUCUUAUCGCCUCCCUCCCGCCGCCCUACCACGACCCGCUCACCGCGUCCGACAAAGAGGCUCUGACGCAACCCAUUGAGAACCUUGUCGCCUCGGUCCACGCCGGGGGCACCGCCACCGCGCUGUCGGUCCUCCGCACGUACGGCAAGCUGGCGCUCAAGGCCCACGCCCGCACCAACUGCCUGACCGAGAUCCUGCUUCCCUCGGCCGAGUCCUGGCUCUCCUCCCCCCCGGAUCCCCAUGGCAGCGGCGGGAUCAACCUGAAGGGUCCGCUCGCCGGCGUGCCGGUCAGCCUCAAGGACACUGUCGUCGUGGGCGGGUACGAUACGACGGUGGGGUACAGCUCGUUCACGGGCCCGGGUCACCGGGCGGCGGCGGACGGGCCGAUGGUGCGCCUGCUCAAGGACGCGGGCGCCGUGCCCUAUGUCAAGACCAACCUGCCCAUCACGCUGCUGAGCUUCGAGAGCACCAACGACGUCUGGGGCCGCACCCGCAACCCGCAUAACCCGGACUACUCCCCCGGCGGCAGCACCGGCGGCGAGUCGGCCCUGCUCGCCCUCGGCGGCCGCAUCGGCAUCGGCAGCGACGUCGCCGGCAGCGUCCGCGUCCCCGCCCACUUCGCCGGCUGCUACUCGAUCCGCUGCUCCACCGGGCGCUGGCCCAAGUCCGGCAUCGCCACCAGCAUGCCCGGCCAGGAGGGCGUCCCGAGCGUGUACAGCCCGAUGGCGCGCACGCUCGGCGACCUCACCUACUUUGCCCGCGCCGUCCUCGGCGCCAUGCGCCCCUGGACGUACGACCACACCGUCCACCCGCUCCCGUGGCGCGGCGAGGUCGAGGCCGAGUUCGCCGACCCGGCCAGGAAGCUGCGCGUCGGCGUGCUGCGGACCGACGGCGUCGUCGACCCCAGCCCCGCCUGCGCGCGGGCGCUGCGCAUGGCCGAGGACGCCCUGCGCCGGCAGGGGUGCGACGUGGUCGACGUCCGCGGCGCCCCGGACAUGUACCACGGUCUCAGGCUCGCCUCGCUCCUGCUCAACGCCGACGGCUGCCAGAUGUUCGAGUCGUUCCGGCGCCCCGGCGAGUGGCUCGACCCCGGAGCCGCGCAGAUGAGGCGGCUGGCCGCCCUCUGGGCGCCCUUCCGGUACCUGUACUACCUCUGGGUCAAGUACGUCCGGAGGGACCCCGUCUGGGCCGGGCUGGUCCGCCACUGGCGGCCGCACUCGGCGUUUGAGAACUGGAAGCUGGUGAGCCAGAGGGAGCUCUACCGGGCCGCCUGGUUCGAGUGGUGGAACGAGCAGGGGCUGGACGUCAUCAUCGCGCCCCCCAACGCCACGCCCGCCGUCCCGCACGACGGGAUGCACGACGCCGUCAGCAGCUGCGGGUACACGUUUCUCUUCAACCUGCUCGAUUACUCGGCCGGGGUACUCCCCGUCACCCAUGUGGACAGAGCAUUGGACCAGCUGCCCGCUUCUUUCAACCUGAAGAAGCUCAACGGGGUGGCGCGCGGGGCAUAUAAGCACUACGACGCCGAGCGCAUGCACGGGCUGCCCGUGGGUGUGCAGGUGGUGGGCAGGAGGCUGGAGGAGGAAAAGGUGCUGGCGGUCAUGAAGAGACUGGAAGAUGCGCUCGGGGAUGACAAGUACCAGCUGAUGAGCUUGGAUGACCUGGACUAGACAGGAUGUAAAUGUUUUUUUUUUCUUUUAAUUUUUUACAGAGGGACCGGCGGCGUGACGCUCCAGGGCGCGGCA